GAGAAGUGUUUAAUUGCUAUGUAAGUCUUCAAUGGCAGAUCAAUUAGGGUUAGGGAUUCACCCGCACUACCUACAUUUUGCUCUUCAAUACUUUGCCGCUGGUGGAAUCCGAUGCAGAAACUAGGUCACCCGCAUCAACUUAUCUGAAACACUCCGGUAAUUCCAGAAAACUCUGUGCUACUGUUAUGUUAGUGUAUGUGUAGAUUAAUGGCAUCUAUAUUUAAGUUGAAAAGAACAGAUGAGAUGUUAGAAUACUUGCCUGAAGAGGUUUUGAUUCAAAUACUAUGCAGAUUACCUCUUAAGUCCAUUUUGAAAUUCACUUGUGUGUGUAAGUUAUGGAAUUGUAUCAUCAAAACCCCUCAUUUCAUCUCCGCUUUCUCGUCAAACGAACUUCACCGUUACUUCUUUUUGCGUCACUCGUAUUACUCUAACCAAUACUCUCUGCGUUUCGACAACAAACAUCUCGAUCACUACCUGCCUCUCCAUCCGCCUUUCCACCAAGUCGAUGGCGAUGCCUUCCAUAUGGUUGGCUGUAGUAACGGUCUUGUCUGCCUCUAUUGUAACUCCCGAAACCAUUUUAUCUAUAAUCACUUCAUUAUCUGGAAUCCUUCCAUUAGAAAAUCCUUGAGGAUACCUGAAGCUAGUUUUUUUUGCUUAGGUUUGUCCUCCAAAAAAUUAUUUGGGUUUGGUUACGAUUCAAGAACCAGUGAUUACAAGUUGUUAGUGGCUCGGUUUUUGUUUGACUCUACUUGCGAGGUCACUCUCUAUUCACUCAGUUCUAAUUAUCGGAAGAAAAUCAAAAAUGUUGCUUGCAAGUAUAGACAAGGUAACCGUUGUUUAAUUGAUUCUUCUUUUGUCGAUGGAAGAUUCUAUUGGCUAAUUACUAAGGAAAAGAAUUUGGUGUUGGUGUUUGACUUAAGGGAUGAGAUGUUUGGAGAGAUUUCAUUGCCUGAAUGUUUGGAAUAUGUUGACAUGUCAUAUUUGAAAUUGAAAGCAGUUGGAGAGUCAUCAAUUGCAAUCAUCCAUCAAAAUAAAUGGGAUAGCUCUUACGAGUCUGAUAUUUGGGUGAUGAAAGAGUACAAUAGUGGUGCAUGGAUGAAGUUGGCAACAGUAGGAAAACGCUGGAGCGGAAGUUCAACUGUGCUUGAGUUUAGAGAUGAUGGUGAAGUAUUGGUUCAGUUCUAUAAUACACCACGCUUAGCCUCGUAUAACAUAAACAAUGGAAGGAUCAAAAAUCUGAUGGCUUUGGAUAGUAAUUAUGAAAGGGUUCUUGCUUAUAGGCAUGUGGAGAGCCUAGCAUUACUUGACAAAGGUAAUGAUAUAUGGAUAACUCCCAGGUAGCCCAGCCAUUGCUAGUUUUUAUGAUUUGUUGCAUAUUUGAUAGGCUAUUGUUGUAGUCAUAUUACUUGAAAAUGAAGCCUAAAUAUUUGGUGUGUUGAUGCUUUUUUUUGUUCAUUGCUGUGUUCAACAUUCCAUUCCCCGUGUCCUUUCAAAUGUAACAACUAAAUUUUGGAGAUUCUGAAUUGUGGUAUCUAUUCUAUUUGCAAUA